AUGACCUCGCCCACUCCGUAUUCUUUUGAUGACAGGGAUUCUUUUGAUGAUUUGGAUAGUUCCUUAGAUCGUGCACUAAAUAGUGCCACCAGUAACUUAUUCAAGCAUUCCAAUGGCACCAAGUCCCAUGGAUCCCGAAGUAACUCACAAGGAUCUAUAUCAGCAAUUCCACUAACAACAUUACGUUCGGAUAGUAGUAUAGAUGGCCAUGAUGACAAUGUUCCUUUGAUUAAUAACCAAAAUAUCUAUUCCAACUCACACAGCCACUCACUUUCCUCGUCAAGUUCAUCACUAAACUUGGCGGCAAGAUCUUUUUCAUCUAAAUUCAAAAGAUUAAUCAGAAAAUCGGUACAAUUUUUCCAUAAUGCUAAAAGAGAGUUAGAUCAGGACAGAUUAAAGCAAGCAGGUGGCUCCAAUUUUUCUCAAGUGUCAGAUGAGCGCUAUAUCUCGGCAAAAACAACUAAUCUCAAAGCAAAUAAUGUAUACCCAAGUAAUGCUAUUUCCAAUGCAAAGUAUAAUCCAAUUACAUUUAUUCCAAUUAUUUUAUAUGAACAAUUUAAAUUUUUCUUCAAUUUAUAUUUCCUAGUGGUUGCAUUAUCUCAAAUAGUCCCUCAGUUAAGGAUUGGUUAUUUAUCGUCCUAUAUUGUUCCAUUGGCAUUUGUGUUGACUGUUACUAUGAUGAAGGAGGCUGGUGAUGAUAUUCAAAGACGCCGAAGGGAUAAGGAACAAAAUCAUGAGCUAUAUGAAGUUUUAAAUAGAAGUACUGCCGACUCCCUAACUGUUGAAACCAAACUUGUACCAGCUAUGGGAUUACGAGUAGGCGAUUUAGUGAGAUUACAUAAAGAUGUGCGUAUACCUGCCGAUAUGAUUUUACUACAAUCUUCAGAAAAUACUGGUGAGGUGUUUAUCAAAACGGAUCAAUUGGAUGGGGAAACAGAUUGGAAAUUGAGAAUAGCAUCCAGUGCUACGCAAGCGUUGCAAAGCGUAACACAACUUAUUAAUUCUGUGGCAGUAAUAGUCGGCAAUCCGUCAAAAUCGAUCCAUAGUUUUAACGGGCAAUUGAUUUAUUCGUCUCCUUCUGCAACUGGAUCAGCCUCUCCAAAUGCAAACAAUGAAGCAUUCGCAUUAACCAUCGAUCAAACUUUGUGGGCCAACACUGUGUUAGCAUCUGGUACCGCCAUAGGUAUGGUUGUCUAUACUGGUAUUGAAACAAGACAGCUGAUGAAUACUACUAAAAGUGGUGUCAAGGUGGGAUUAUUGGAGUUGGAGAUCAACAGAAUCUCUAAGAUUUUGUGUGCUGUAGUUUUUGUAUUAUCAGUCGUUUUAGUUUUGGCACAUGGGUUUCCAUUAAAGAGUACUUGGUAUGUCGAUAUAAUGCGAUUCUUGAUUCUUUUUUCCACGAUUAUUCCGGUGUCCUUGAGAGUUAAUUUAGAUUUAGCAAAAUCAGUUUAUGCAUCUCAGAUUCAAAACGAUGCUGCUAUUCCAGGGACUAUUGUUCGUACAUCAACAAUUCCGGAAGAUUUGGGUAGAAUUGAGUACUUGCUUAGUGAUAAAACUGGUACGUUGACCCAAAAUGAGAUGGAGUUGAAAAAAUUGCACUUGGGUACUGUCAGCUAUGCUGGAGAAUCCAUGGAUAUCGUUUCAGAUUAUGUGAAAAGCUUAUUGAAAUGUUUGGAUUCAGGGCAAAAAAAGAGAGACUUGGGAUCUCGUGUUUGUGAGUUGGUUUUAACAUUGGCAUUAUGUCAUAAUGUUACUCCUACAUACGAUGAUGAUGAUGGUAAUGGUGAUGGUAUUAGCGCAUUUGGAGAGGUUACUUACCAAGCAGCAUCCCCUGAUGAAAUUGCCAUUGUUAAAUUUUGUGAACUGGUUGGAUUGAGAUUGUUUAAACGUGAUAGACAUUCUAUUUCUUUGUUACACGUUUCCAGUAAUCAAAUUUUAGAAUUUGAAAUUUUGUACAAUUUCCCUUUUAGUUCGGAAACUAAACGUAUGGGGAUUAUUGUUAAAGAUAAGAAUAGAGAAGAUAUUUGGUUUAUGGAGAAGGGGGCUGAUACUGUUAUGUCCACUAUUGUUAGUUCUAAUGAUUGGUUAGAUGAAGAAACUGGUAACAUGGCAAGAGAAGGUUUACGUACAUUGGUUAUUGGAAGAAAGAAAUUGAGCAAUAAAAUGUAUGAUGACUUUGUUGACAACUACAAACAAGCUUCUUUAGCUAUGCAUGAUAGAGAUAGCAACAUGCAAAAAGUUAUGAGUUAUUAUUUGGAACAAGAUUUAGAAUUGCUUGGGUUAACUGGUGUUGAAGAUAGAUUACAAAAAGAUGUCAAAACUUCUAUUGAAUUGUUGAGAAAUGCCGGUAUAAAAAUCUGGAUGUUAACUGGUGAUAAAGUUGAAACAGCCAAGUGUGUGUCUAUUAGUGCUAGAUUAAUUUCUCGUGGUCAGUAUGUGCAUCAAAUUACGAAACUUGUGCAUCCAGAUAUGGCCAUGAAUCAAUUGGAAUAUUUGAGAAUUAAUACCAAUGCGUGCUUAUUGAUCGAUGGUGAAUCAUUAGCUACCUAUAUGAAACAUUUUAAUGAUGAAUUUUUUGAAGUUGCAAUUAAAUUACCAGCUGUUAUUGCCUGUCGUUGCUCUCCACAACAAAAGGCUGAUGUCGCUAUGGCAAUUAGAAAAAUGACUGGUAAGAGAGUUUGUUGUAUUGGUGAUGGUGGUAAUGAUGUGAGUAUGAUUCAAUGUGCAGAUGUGGGGGUAGGUAUAGUUGGUAAAGAAGGUAAACAAGCUUCUUUGGCUGCUGAUUUUAGUAUUGAUCAAUUCUGUUACUUGUCAAAAUUAUUGUUAUGGCACGGUAGAAAUUCUUACAAACGUUCAGCCAAGUUGGGACAAUUUAUCAUUCAUCGUGGUUUGUUGAUUUCUGUUGCCCAGGCUGUCUAUUCUAUUGCAUCCAAGUUUGAACCAUUGGCAUUAUAUCAAGGUUGGUUGAUGGUUGGUUAUUCAACAUUUUAUACAAUGGCUCCAGUUUUCUCCCUUACUUUAGAUUGUGAUAUUGAUGAGCAUUUAACAAAAUUGUAUCCAGAGUUAUAUAAAGAGUUAACUUUGGGUAGGUCAUUAUCUUACAAGACUUUCUUUAUGUGGGUGUUUAUUUCAUUGUAUCAAGGAUGUGCCAUUCAAUUAAUUUCACAACAACUACAGACCCUUUUGGCAGACAAGUUUACCACGAUGGUUGCUUUGUCAUUUUCAUGUUUGGUAUACAAUGAGUUAAUUAUGGUUGCCAUUUCUAUUAAUAAAUGGAAUAAAAUCAUGGCCAGCACUAUUAUUAUCACAUUCUUAGCAUAUAUUGGUUCAAUUCCAUUCUUGCUGGAAUACUUUGACCUUGCAUAUGUUAGUUCAUUCGCAUAUAUUUGGCAAGUUGGUGUAAUAUUGGUGAUUUCCUUAUUCCCAGUUUGGCUUGUCCAAUAUUUGAAUAGAAGAUUGAGACCUCCAAACUAUGCCAAAGUCCAACAAGACUAA